GCAACAGUGAUCAGAGCUCUUCUACUUUGGUCUCUAUUGUUUUUCUUCUCAGAAACUUGUGCAAGCUCUGCUUCUUUAUUGCAGUGAAAGAUCUAAAUCUAGGUUUUGGAGCCUUGGAGGAAUACUUACUGGUCUGGAAACAGAGAGAGAAAGAAAGAAAGCAAAAGCUGGCAAGCAAGUGGUGGGAGAGAAUAGAUGUGGCGAUGGCGGGGUUGGAACCAGGCCCUCCUUCUCGCUACGUUCACCAGCUCCAUAGACCAGACCUGCACUUACAAAGAUCCUCAGACCCUCAAAACCAAACAGCUCAAAUCUCAGAUUCUAAUGACUCCCCGGAGGAUCAGAAACCGGACGACCCCAACACAGCCACCACUUCUUCCGGUGGAACAGGAGGCAGCUCCGCCAGUCGCCGGCCUCGAGGCCGUCCUCCGGGCUCAAAGAACAAGCCCAGACCUCCGAUAAUUGUCACCCGUGACAGCCCUAAUGCACUCCGAUCACAUGUACUAGAAAUCUCGGCGGGCGCCGACGUCGUUGAGUCUGUAUCCAAUUAUGCAAGGCGGCGAGGGCGGGGGGUUAGUGUGCUCAGCGGCGGUGGAUCAGUCGCCAAUGUGACAUUGCGGCAGCCUGCAGCUCCGGCAGGGAGCGUGGUAACUCUACAUGGGCGGUUCGAGAUACUAUCUCUGUCUGGGACGGUUUUACCACCGCCGGCGCCGCCUGGAGCUGGUGGGCUAACAAUAUUUCUUGCGGGUGGACAGGGACAGGUCGUCGGAGGCAGUGUGGUUGGACCGUUGGUGGCCUCAGGUCCGGUGGUGUUGAUGGCGGCUUCAUUUUCUAAUGCAGUGUUUGAGAGGCUACCGUUGGAGGAGGAGGAGGCGUCGCCAGCUUCAGGCGUCACAGGUGGUGGUGGAGUUGGACAAUUGGGUGAGGGUGCAGCUGGUGGCGGUGGUAGCACCGGCGGCGGCGGUGUUCCUUUCUAUAAUUUGGGAAGUAACAUGGCGAAUUAUCAGUUCCCUGGCGAUGUUUUUGGUUGGAGUGGCAAUGCUGCAAGGCCUCCAUUUUAGUAGUGAUGAGGUAGAAGAGGAAUUUGAAUUUCAAGAAGAAGGGAUCAGCAUAAUAAUAAGAAGAAGAAGAUAAUAUAGAUCUUGUAUGAUAAAAUACUAUGAACAUCAAGGUCUUCUCAGCUAUUUCAUGAAGAAGAAGAAUUCAAUAUUAGCCAAAAUGAUAAUUUCAUGGAGAAUCUAACAAUCAGAUCAAGUUCUUCCACAGGCAGAAAGUUGGGUAAUUUUCAUGUACAAAUCAUUUUAGGGUUUUCUUUCUUCCUUUUUUUAUUUCUCUUCUUUACCAUGUUUACUGGUUUUGUUUGUAGAUUUCUUCUAGGUUUAAUGUGGAAAUCUUUGAGCUUUACUGUUCCAUCACUUAUGUAGCAGUUCAUCAACUCUUCCCUUCUCAAUAACUUAUCUGUUGCUUCUGAAGAUUUUUAAUGCUCAAAUAUAUAAAAUUAUUUUGUGUCUA